AUGUGUUGCUGCCAGGAGAGCGCUCGAGGCGCACCCGGGCUACCGCCCCGUGCUCUGCGGCCACAGCAUGGGCGGCGCCGUCGGGGCCCUGGCCGCGGCGAUGCUCCGCCGGCGCCCCUGGGGCGCGGCCUGCGUCGCGCUCGGCGUCGGGACGCCUGGGGCGGUGUCGAGGACACGGGGGAGAACAUCUGCGACCGCCUGGCCCGCGAGGGCGCCGUGACCACCGUCGUGAACGGCCGCGACUGGGCGCCGGCCUGCUCGGUGUCCAACGUCAACGAGCUCAUGGACGACCUCGCCGACCUGGGCCUCGUGAAGACGCUGCUCCGCUCCGCGAGCGGCCUCUCCAACGAGACGCGCGAGAUCAAGGCGCCCGAGGAGCUCGACCUGCCGCCCGGCGACAUCCUGCAGAUGGCGCCCGGGGAAUUGUUCUGCACGGCUUUGGGCUGGGGGUGA